CUGGGAGCACCGAGCCCGCCCCGGGGCGUCCUGUGGGAGGGCCGGGGCCUUCCGCCGUGCGGUGCAUCUCGGCCUAAUUUACCUAAAACUUUGUUAUUUGGGAGCUGGAGCCACACAACCUCACAACGCAGUGGUUUGGCUAAAAGCGUUGCAACCACUGCUGCAUUGGCAGCUCGUUUGAUGUUUGUGCCACUUCUUGUGCCGCCAACAUCCCUAAAUCAGCUGUAGGCCAGCGCAGGAAUCCUGCUGGGCUUUAAGCCUGGUCAUCUGGAAAGAGCUGCCAGCAUGGAAGAUCAUGAGACCAGUUAUAGUGAGGGAGAACAGCAAAUAUCUCCUCUAGUGUUUCUAGAGGAAGAAGAAGAAAGAGGAGAAGAGGAGGAAGAAGAAAGUGAAGAGGAGGAAAAAGAAAGAGAAGAGGAAGAAGAAGAAAGGCAAGAAGAGGAAGAAAAAGAAGAUGCAGCUCGUCAGCUCCCUGGCGUGGAAGAACACUGGGAAGAAUAUGAGCUGGAAGAAGAAUUGGCUGGUGGUGGCAAGAUGGAAAACAAGGACACUUCUGAAGAUGUCGGAGACCAGUCUGAUUCUAGCAUGCAAAGCUCAGAACACUGUUUGGGCAAUGUUGGUAACAUUCAGCCUCUGAAGUCUGCAGACAAAAUUCGCAUAUCAGCCUCACAGAGGAACCUCCAAUUGCUCGAUGACAUGAUCUGGGAAAAGGAACUGGUGGUCCAAAAAACCAGUGACACGCUGAGUGCCUGUCGGCUGCGGAGCAGGAUGCUGGCAAAGCAGCUGGAUCAUGUAGACAUGGAAAUAGAGAGAGAGGAGGAGGCUGGCAAUGUCGCAGCCGUGUCCCGCCUGCAGGCCCUGAGCAGCCGAUUGUGCACUGAGCUGGAGAGGGAGAAGGAGCUGGAGUUGAGAAUUGCUUUGACACUAAAACAAAACUUGGUUGAGAUGUGGCAGAUAAAAACCAAGCAGGGAAAAUACGACAUCCUCCGUGAACAACUUCAAAAAGAUGAGGAGGAGCUACAGAUGCAAUACCAGGAGGAAAGAGAAAUGAGGAUUUGGAAGGAAAAAAUAACAGCCCUGCAAGCAGAAGGGAGGCGUCGGACUCAAGAGAAAAGAGAGGAGGAAGCCCAGAGAGAAUGUGAAGAAAGAAAUAAAAAAAUCCUCGAGGAUGCCAAAAGGAACCAUGAGAAAGCAGUCUGCUUCCUGAGGCAAAGCAUGGCAAGAAUUCAUGAAAAAAAUGCAAAGGAAGAAGUGAAAGCUCAGGAGCAUAUGGAGAGAAGGAUACAAGCUGUGCUUUCCCUGAAAACCAGCAUCACUUCCAACAGGGAAAGGCUCCAAACUCUCCAGAUUUUGAACAAAGCAAAGGCCUUGGAGGCAAAGAAGGAGGAGAUGAAAAUGAAGGAAGCCAUCCUAGCAGAAGGAGGCAAUGUUAUCAGGGAAAUUUUUCUCCAUAAACGACAGCAAGAGCAUGAAAAAAAGAAAGAAGCUUUUAGAGAACUGCAGAAAUCAAGAAAAAUGGAGAUUGUGUCUCGAAUUUUGCAAGAAAAAGCUUCUAUUCACAAGCAGAAAAAAAGUCAGUCCCCUACUAAGGCAAUUAAGGCUCGUGGUAAACUUGAGGGUCCUUUACUGCAGAGACGGGAAGCCUGGCAAAGUGAGGAGACCUGCAAACAUGCAGAUGGAGAAAUAUCACAGUCGUGGCGCUCUCCGUCAGUUUGUUCCUUGGCUGGGGAGAGAACUGCUCCUCAGGGAGAGAGUUCUGAGAACAGACCCCAGGAUGUGCUCUGGGAAAGUGAUGAUGAGGACACAGAGAGGGACCAGACCCUCCUAGUACCGGAGUUCCCAGGACUUUGGAGUCAACAAUAUGAUUUGCACAAGGUACCCAAAGCAGAAGAUCCAACACGGUUGGCUAUAAGGGCAAUGAGAAAAAGAAUGGCUGAGAAAAAAAUGGAGGAACUCCAAACUGGAAUUCUUCACAAGCAAACUGUGCCUGGUCGAGGACAUAAGGGCUGUGCUUUCCACAGCAAACCCAGCUGCAUUCAUUUCAAGGAUUUUGAUGUUGGUCAAAUCUACAGAAAGAAGAUAGUUUUGACAAAUGCAUCCUACAGUGUUAAUUACUGCAGGCUGGUGGGAAUCAGUGAAUGUCUCAAGGACUUCAUCAGUGUUCAUUUUGACCCACCUGGCAAAGUGUCUUCUGGGAUGUCCUGUGAAUUCCUGGUAACAUUUAAGCCAAUGAUAAAUGAAGGGCUGGAAGGAGAAGUCAUGUUUAUGGCCCAGACAGGUCCUUUUUCUGUUCCACUGAAAUGUACAGUCAAGACGUGCAUUCUGGCUCUGGAUAAAGAGCUCAUUGACUUUGGCAGCCUUGUGGUGGGAGAGACAAUUUCACAGACCAUCAGCCUGACAAACAGCGGGGCUUUGGGAACCAGAUUCAAAGUUCAGACGUCAGCAGGUGCCACAAGUACCCUCAGAGCAACAGUAAAAUCUGCUCCUGCAAGAGUGGUCACUCAACAUUCCCGUGCCUGUGACCCUGAAGAGGAAAGCAGCGAGAGUCCAGUGGCAGCUGGGGAUCAAAACAAGGACUGUGCAGCCCAGGAGCCCAAGAGCAGCAGUGCCAUGGAACAACUUGGUCAAGGAGAAUUAAAUACCAGAUCAGAUCUGGACACAGACAAUGCAGAUAAUUUAGUGGAACUUUCUCCCAAAGAAAUACCAGUUGAAAUUAUGCUUGGAAAGGUAACUGAGGGUGAGAUUGGACCCUUCAGCUCAGUGAAAAUUCCAGUCCUGUUUGUCCCAGCUGUCCCUGGAGAUGUGAGGGCAGAGUUUGUGAUUGUGUUUGACAACCCAGACUGCAAACCACUGAACUUCAGUGCCAUUGGAGUUUCCGUGGAUGUGCCCGUCUGGGUGCCCCAGCCCAGCGUGGACCUCAGGAUCUGCCUGUACGAGCGGCUGUACCAGGACAGCGUCGAGGUGCGGAGCAGAGCAACAACCACGCUGCGUUUGAAGUUUGAGGUGUGCAGAGAAUUGAGCAAGCACAUGGAGCUGCUUCCAAAAACAGGCUACAUCCAGGCUCAGUCAUCCUUCAGUGCACAGCUCAAGUUCCUGCCCAGGCAGUCCCUUCCAGAAGAUGCAGGGAGCUAUUUCAAUGCAGAGACAGGAAUCCUGGAGGUCCCAGUGACAAUCCUGCUCGUGGACAAGGCUAAAAAAGUUAAUUUUACUGUCCAUGCCAUUGUUACUACUUCUGAUUUGGAAAUCAGCCCAGCACAGAUCAACUUUGGAUACUGCACGAUCUAUGAAGCUGUGCAGGCAAAUGUCAUCCUCACAAACAAAUCCAUCUUGCCACAGGAGUUUGGAUUUGUGGGACUGCCAGAGUUUGUUGAAGUUCAACCCAACGAUGGAUUUGGAAUUAUUCUUCCCCUGGAAAGCCUGACAUUGGACAUAAUCUUUAAAGCCACCAAGGCAAAAGAGUACAGCUUUGAGUUGACAUGCAGGACAGAGAUCAACAGACAAUUCAAGCUGUCAUGCAAAGCAGUUGGUGUCCACCCACCUCUUGAAUUGUCUCAUUCCUUGGUUCAGUUUGCUGCUACAGCCCUGAACUCCAUGUCUUCAGCCACUCUGGAUGUGAUCAAUUCCCACGUGGAUGGGAACCCCCUCACUCACCCUGUCCCACGGAUUGGCAGUGGGGACCCUGUCCCAGUUGGCCCCACUUCCUUUGAGUUCCACGUGCCCCGAGACUGUCCUGUGACUAUUACACCUUCUGUGGGAACUGUGCUGCCUGGGCAGAAAAGCUCCAUCCGAGUGUCCUUCAGCCCGGCGCUGUCGGAUCAGCAAAUCGGGGAAGAGGCAGCGCGGAGGCUCAGCGCAGCAGCUGUGCCAGAGGCAGGAGUACAAUCUCCGCUGGGCAAAAAGAAGAAAGAUGCAAAGAAAGAGCAAAAGAAAUCAAGUGUUUCCAUUCCUGGAGGAAAGGCUGGAAGCAGGAAAAGCCUGACUGCUGUAAAUAGCCCUAAAGAGCCAAAACCCGAAGAGUUAAAGCCUGAUUCUGAUUCUUAUAGGGCAGCCCAGGCUUCCCUGAUGAGGAGUUUCAGAGGGAGCUUUAACAAAUACAUCAUCCCAUGCUUUGUUGCAAGUGGCCACGCCACUGGAGAGGAGGGCUCUGGGAACUUAACCUGCAGCCCUCACAACACCUUGUACCUGGAGCUGCACUGCCCCGCUGUAGCCCCGCCUGUUCUGAUCACUUCCGACACCGGGAACAACGUGGCCAAUUUUGGGGACAUUGCUGUAGGCCAAAGAAUGAUGAAGAGAAUUACGAUAGAGAACAUCUCUCCAGGGAAGCUGGAACUGGGAUUCUCAGUUCUGAAUCCCAAUGGCCCCUUCCUGUUGGUCAGAGCAGUUGGAAUGCUUGAGCCAGGUGAAAGUAAACCCCUCAUCAUCUCUUUUUGUCCAAGGGAGGAUAAAUGGUUCUUGGAAACUCUGGACAUCCAGGUGGCAAAAACCAACCUCAGCCUCCGCCUCUCCGGGCACGGGGUGAUGCCAAGCACUGUGUGCUCCGUGGGAGAGGUGCUGGACAUGGGAUAUGUCAUGGCCAGGGACACGGUGACUUCCACAGUCAAGAUAGAGAACACUUCCACCCUGACCCUGCCGUUCUCCGUACAACUGGAGUCGCUCUCACCAGCGCGGGACAGAGACCGGCAGAAAAUUCCAUCCUUUCUUACAUCCUCUGUGCAGAGAACAGAGAUUGUUGGAACACAGAACUAUAAUGGCUUCAGUGUGUUCAGCGUCUCUCCAACAGGAGGAAAAAUUGAGGCUGGGGAGAGCCAGGAUUUUGUUGUUACUUUCAGCCCUGAUCAUGAAAGCCUCUACUACUCUGACCGUCUCAAGGUUCUGCUCUUUGGCAAGCAAACAGCCCACGAGAUCCAGCUGAAGGGUGCAGCCCGUGAUCACCCCAUGUUUGUGGAGGGGGGAGUGCCCCUGGAUGUGCCCGUGGAGUCCUUGGCUGUGACCUCACCUGUGGCAUCACAGAAAGCACUGGAAAGGGGGCCACAAGAAGCAGUGAAGUCCCUUCUCCUGCUCCUGGAGUAUGUGGAGGGCUCAGCAGAGCCAGCCAGGGCAGAGCUCACCGUUGGGGCCAUGCAAAGUCCUCUGCUGGCAGCCAAGAAGGCCGUGGAGUUCAGCCUGGACAACGCCCCGGAGCUGCAGCGGGCUGGGUUCGCCCUGGACGGCCCGAAAGGAGCCCUGGAGCGCGGGCAGCUCAGGCGCAUCGGCGUCUCGUGGGUGCCACCUGCCGACCUGCAGACCAGUGACCCCCCACUUGUGUCAGCCCUCCUGACUGUAAAAGGUGACAUUACGGAAUCCUACCGAGUCCUCUUCAUGGCAAGAGUUGUGUCUGCAUCUGCUGCCACUGACUGAGGGAUCCAGGCCGAAUGGAAAGGAAGAUGGAUGCUUAUGAUACUGGGAAAUCCCUGGAUCUCUGGUGAAACAUGAGAAGAUUUUGAGAUUGUUGCAAAUAAGUGAGGGCAUCAGGGAUGUGGGAAGGAAGGGCCAUGUAACAUUUCUGCUCUGUUUCCCCCAAAGUUCUCUGUAAACUCUGGUGCCAGUAGCUUCCUUUUCCAGCUGAUUCUGUGACAAUAAUCUUGUGUUAGAAGAAAGAAUUAUUGAGGGCCCCAAGCAGCUAUACCUGCUGUUAAUCCCAUGUCUCCCAAAGGUGGGCAUUCCAUCAGGAGGAGUAUCUGGUUUACAUCCACAUAGGUGAGUUUCUAUCUUUUUCCAAUUUCGGAUGCUUUUUAUAGUAUUUGAAAAAGCUUUGGCCUUUUUAUAAUCAGAAUAAAGUUUCUUAUUCAAGCCUUCUCCAAAUCAUUUGGGCAGUGACUUUUACAAUGUACAGUCAAAUCUGCCUGAUAACACUUGGUCAAAGGGGAAUAUUCCUGUGCUGUUCCAUGGAUUUGGUCAGACACUUGCCAGAAAUCCUGGCUGUCUAGGAACUUUGCAUUUCUGUAUUUGCCUUCUGCUGAAUUCUGGCUGAGAGCAGAAUCCUUCUGUUCUGGGGAAGCCAGAAUGCCCUACAGGUGUAACUUCUGUCAGGAAGCAGCAGCUGGUUCAGGGCAAGUGCAGAGCUGGAGAAUGGAGGGAGCAGGAAGGCCACAGCCAUUAGAAACAGGAUAAUCCUGUGCAUCUCGUAUCAUGCUCUUUCCUGAGUCACAAGCAGUCUGUGGCAAAGUUCCCUCCCCACCACUCCAAGGGCAUGUUCCCUGAUUCAGAUGAUGCAAUCAGAAAAUAGAAACGUUAUUUGUAAAUAUCCCUGUGGUAACAAGCUAGGAACUGCAGGGAAAAGCAGGGAAGCAAUUGUCACAAGGAACAUUUUAACCAGGCUCCCCCUUUGACAGAGGAGGCUUGUAGCAGUGAAGAGGGGGUUGCUUGUUUUUCCAGCCAGUGUGUUUGAUCCAUUGAGAUGUGUUCUCAUUUAAUAAUGGAUCGAGUGGCUGAGGAGUCACUUAACUCUUCAGUCUAAAGACUGCAGAUGCUGAAGCAAUCCCAGUGUCCUGUGGUGGGGAGGAGCUGGGGGGUGGCAGUGCCAGCCAGGGACAGCUCUGCUUUCCUUGGAGGCCCUGGGUGUUGCUGCUGGCGCAGCUGGGCAGGCGCCUGGAGCUGGGCACAAUGGGCUUUGUGUGCUGGCUCUCCUGCAGCCCCAAAAGGGUGAGUAAAUGCCACUACAUCAAAUAAAACCAUUGCACAGAGCACUGCUCACUCAACAGUGACCUCAUGGUAGGGGAGUUGUCAGAAAGCAAGGAAGGGCACAGCGUGUGGGAGUGGAGGAGCUAUUUCAAGCACUUAAUUUGUGGGCAUCCACUGUGUGAGGAUCCUUCAGAUUUCACUCCUGGAAGCCAAAAAGUGAUGGCUGACAAUAAAUCAGUCUCCAGACUCUGGCUAUGAUAACCAUAGAGAGUGCUGAAAAUGUGUAUCUACCAGGCAACAACACCCCUGUCUUAGGAAUCUUCCACUUCACAGAGGUCAGGUACUGAGAAGAAGCAUCCAGAGGACAAAAAGAAGUAAAAAAAUUAAAGAAUGCAUGUAAAAACAGAGAUAUUGGUGCCCUCACAGGGUUAGGCUGGGUAAGGAGCAGGUGCCACCAACUGGCUGAAGGCACCGCUGGUACCCAACAGCUCCGUGUGAGCAGAGGUGUCACCCAGUGUACCUGCAUUCCUGGGACUGCAAAACUUGCAUCAAUACUUUCUCAGGAUUGAAGUGAACAUAAGGUUCUGGGUUUCACUGGUCAAAGUUUCCAUGUUUAAAACUCAAAAUGUGUUUGUUCUCUCAGGGGGAGGGUUGGACCAGAAUAACAGGAACAGGUGGUUAUUUCUGGAGGGCUGAAAAUAAAGUAAACUCUUCCUGUAAAACUCCAGCUGACGUUCUGUAAAGCACUUAUGGAAAUCUGAACAAGUUCUAGUCCCUUUCAUAAGAGAAAAGCCUGUUAUUUUAGCUGGCGCCUCAAAAGUGAUCAUAUUUGACUUCUUGGGGGCACACUGGCUGCUCAGACAGGAUUGGGUUUCCCUCUCUUGGAUUGCUUUGUUCUUUGGGGGCACAGAGUGCCAACCCUCACAUGGGGCAGCACUUGGGCAAUGAGAGACACAGGCUGAUGUGGAAGGGAAAACAAAUGGUUGGAUGUGGGAAAGCAGAUCCAUUGGGAAAGUGUGCAGGACACUACUACAGUUACUGUCUCUGCAAAAUGUAACCUUGGGUGUUCCACUGCCAUUGCACUGAGAGUUACCACAAUUAGAAUCUUCAUGGUGCAAACCUGCAAUGGUCGGAGAGGCACACCUUCAGUUUACUGGAAAUUUAGGGAUCUGUGAGGAUGCUCCUACCCACACAAUUCUCAUGUAGAAUGUAUUUUAUGUGC